CAGCUGAUUGUUCUUGCACUUUUCGCGUUCUCGGAUUCAAUUUCAGUCAGAUUCAGGAUGCAAGAAUCAGGAUGAAUUUAGGAAUUGAGAUGGACUUCUGCCCUCAUUUAAUUUUGAAUCCUCAUCUUAAUACUGUUUUUGUAUUAAUAAAUUGUGCGUAGUAAACUUGUGGAAGUCGGAAACGUUUUGUUUGUGAAAGUGUCGGGAUGUUUCAAGUUUUCUAAAAAUCUGCAAGAUUCCUGUUGUUAGUGAUGGCGUCUGCUCCUUUAUCAGCGAAAGAACAAAAGAAAGGAUUUUGUGUUAUGAGCUAUCUUAAAAACUACUUCCUUCGUAAAAGAUCGUUACGUAGCUGCACUAGAGGAUCCAACCUAACUUCAGAGCAAGAAAUACCGUCAAGAGAACUUAGCGAUGAUCGGAUCUCAGUGCAGUUGAAAUGUAUAAACACUAUCAACGGGUCUUGUGCAAAACCAAAAGAGUUUGGAAAAUUAAGCUUUUUCCAAUCACAAACUGAAAUAAAAACAAAGUUAGAGCUUGAAUCGGAAUCGAUAAAUUCCAGCCAUUCUUUGCAUCAAGAAUUAUCCUUGAUGACAAGUAGUCCUUCCGAACAACUGCCUAAUUUGACUAAUUCUAAAAUCUGUGAAUGCAGUGACAAAACUUCUAAUGAGAGUUCAUUGCCUCAAGAAGCUCCAGUUUUACAGAAUAGUGCGGUAACUGAAUCUAUCGAUCCUAACAUGUGCAAUACAGAAGAAAGUAAUCCAAUUGUAAUUAGUCAAUUGCCUUCAGUUUGUAACUCUGCGUGCCUUACUGAAGAUUCUACUAACCAAGAUGAUAAAAAGACAAUCGAAUUAGUCGAUAAUGCGACUGAUCCUAUAAACACACAGUUGAAAGUGGAGGACACUCUUUCUCCGUCCUCGGAUCUCAAACUUCCUGGUGUGGGUUCAGAGUUAUCUAAGCUGUCAAAAUAUGGCUGGUAUUGGGGACCAAUCACACGUCGUGAUGCCGAAGAAAAACUGAGGAACGAGCCUGAUGGUGCUUUUCUGGUCCGCGACUCCUCGGCUGAUCGCUACCUUUUCAGUCUCAGUUUCAAAAGCUCCGGUAAACUACUCCAUACUCGAAUUGAAUAUAGUCAAGGUUUGUUCAGUUUCUAUCAGCAACCGGAACAAGAAGGGUUUCCCACAAUUUGGGAAUUGAUAGAACAUUCGGUAUCAUUUUCAAAAUCCGCUGUAUUUUGCUACUCUAUGCCAACAAAUUUCAAUCACCCAUCAUUCCCAGUGCGCCUGACAAAGCCGAUCUCAAGAUUUAUGCACGUUAGAUCACUUCAACAUCUUUGCAGAUUCGUCAUUCGGCAGUGCACCAGAGAUGAUAAUUUACAACAUCUGCCGCUACCAAACGUUUUAAAAGAAUAUGUUCAAGCUGGACACUAUUAACCUGGACAUUGAAAAAUAAUCAUACUUUUUUAUUCAAUGAUGUAUUUUUACUCCAGUAGUUACCAUGAAUUUGGUUCGAAUCUAUUUCUAUCUGUAUAUGUACUCUAAAAGAUGUUUUGCUCUCAAAGAGAUUUUAUUAAUAUAAUACUUUGUACUUGAAUA